AAAUCAGCCACCGACGUAUUUAUCCUAUCAAAUCUUCACUGGACUUCGGUGUUAUCAAAUUUUUGAUGGUGCUGUUGAUAAAACGCAGCAGUUAUUAUCAAAUAAAACGAAAAUGGAAGUCAUCUUCACCAUCAACGGAAAAACCUUCCAGGUUAAUUCCAAAACGGUCCCGAUCGAUACAUCGCUGAAUAACUUCAUCCGAAACCAUGCCCACUUGAGCGGUACCAAGUUCAUGUGCCUGGAGGGCGGCUGCGGAGCUUGCAUUGUCAACGUCAACGGGAUCCAUCCGGUGACCAAGGAAAAGUCCUCGUGGGCUGUCAAUUCGUGCCUUUUCCCGGUGUACUCUUGCCAUGGACUGGAUAUCGUAACGGUUGAAGGCCUUAAGGAUGAGCAGGGUGGCUACCACCCUGCCCAGAAGCUGUUGGCCCACUUCAACGGAACUCAGUGCGGUUACUGUUCCCCGGGUAUGGUCAUGAACAUGUACAGUUUGCUGGAGUCCAAGAAAGGUCAAGUUACGAUGGCUGAGGUCGAGAAUGCCUUCGGUGGAAACAUUUGCCGUUGUACAGGCUAUCGUCCGAUUUUGGAUGCGUUCAAGUCUUUGGCGACCGAUGCUGAACCUAGGCUGAAGGAGGCUUGUCAAGAUAUCGAGGAUUUGACCAAGAUUUGCCCCAAAACUGGAAGUGCUUGUGCUGGAAAGUGCUCAGCAGCCGGAAAGAUCAACGAUAAGAAGGGAGUACACUUGAGCUUCGACGAAGAUAAGGAGUGGCACAAGGUGUACAACGUCACCGAUAUUUUCGCCAUUUUUGAAAAGAUUGGGAAUAAGCCUUACAUGUUGGUCGCUGGCAACACUGCUCAUGGUGUCUACCGACGAUCCAACGAUCUGCGGGUCUUCAUCGAUGUCAGCUCGAUCGAGGAACUCCGAUCCCACUCACUUGGAAGCAAUUUGACGGUUGGCGCUAAUGUCUCGCUAACUGAACUGAUGACAAUUUUGACGGAGACGUCCAACAAAAAUUCCAACUACGGUUACCUCAAGGAACUUGUGAAGCACAUUGACCUGAUUGCCAACGUUCCGGUUCGUAACACCGGAACAAUUGCCGGAAAUUUGAGCAUCAAGAAUCAACACAACGAGUUCCCGUCGGAUCUGUUCUUGAUUCUGGAGGCAGCCGGAGCGAAGCUCACCAUUGUCGAAACCGGAGGCAAGACAAGCAACGUCAGUCCGGUUGAAUUCGUCACCAAGGACAUGAAAAAGAAGCUGAUCUUGAAUGUGAUCAUUCCUCCAUUGAACCCUGAGGUGUACGUGUAUCGGUCCUUCAAAAUCAUGCCUAGAGCCCAGAACGCCCACGCCUACGUUAACGGAGCCUUCCUGAUCAAAUUCAAUUCCGACAAGUCAGUCGUCGAAUCAAUUUCCGUCUGCUUUGGAGGCAUAAACGCCAAGUUCACCCACGCCAUCGAAACGGAAAAAUACCUCGCUGGGAAAAAUAUCUUCGACAAUGCUACCAUCCAAGCGGCCCUCAAAACGCUCAGCAAUGAGCUGCAUCCGGAUUGGGUGCUUCCGGACGCUUCCCCCGAAUAUCGUAAGAACCUGGCUAUUUCACUGUUCUACAAGUUCAUCCUGAACAUCGCUCCGGAACACAAAGCUGCGAUCAAGUCCGAGUUCAAAUCCGGAGGUCAAAUCCUGGACCGCCCGGUAUCGACUGCUUCGCAACGAUUCGACUCACGUCCCGAAAAUUGGCCCCUGAACAAGAGCGUUCCUAAGAUUGAAGGUUUGGCUCAGGCUGCGGGAGAGGCGAAAUACACCAACGAUCUUCCAGCUUUACCCGAUGAACUGCAUGCGGCCUUCGUUCUGGGAGACAAGGCUUUACAGACGAUCGAGAGUAUCGAUGCAUCGGAAGCUUUGAAUGUUCCCGGAGUAGUUGCUUUCUUCUCCGCUAAGGACAUUCCUGGAGUGAACAACUUUAUGUACUUCCCGGAAUUUAUGGGCAGCAAUAUUGAGGAAGUUUUUGCCAGCAAAACUGUUGAAUAUCAUGGUCAACCGGUUGGUCUCAUCGUAGCCAACAGUUUUGUGCUAGCCAAUCGAGCUGCUAAGCUAGUGAAGGUAAACUACGGCAAGCCAGCCAAUGGCAAAAUCUACGCCACGGCUCAGAAAGUUAUGGCCGAUAAAAUUGCGGAGCGAAUUCAAGAUUUCCCGUACAGUACCCUUGGAGAGAAGUAUGAGGCGGCCACUGGAGGAGAUUUGAAAGUUAAGGGACACUUUGAAAUCGGGGGUCAAUACCAUUACUACAUGGAAACGCAAACCUGCGUCUGCAUUCCAAUUGAAGAUGGUAUGGAUGUGUAUUCUGCUACACAGUGGGUUGAUUUGACUCAAAUGGCCAUCGCUCGUAUGUUGAAGGUUCCUCAGAACAGCCUCAAUCUUUACGUUCGCAGAUUGGGAGGAGGUUACGGAGGCAAAGGAACUCGAGCAACCUUGGUUGCAUGCGCUUGCGCCUUGGCUGCUCAAGCUCUCAAACGUCCAGUACGCUUCGUUAUGACUCUCGAAGACAAUAUGGCUGCCAUUGGCAAACGUUAUCCAGUUAUAUCCGACUACGAAGUUGACGUUGACAAAAACGGAAAAAUUGUCAAGCUUUACAACGAAUACGUCCAUGACUUCGGGUCUUCCUUCAACGAAGCCAUGGGCCAUGCCGGAGAGUUCUUCACCAACUGCUACGACAAGAGCAUUUUCAAGACCGUUGCUAAGGGUAUCAAAACAGAUGUCGCUAGUAACACUUGGUGCCGUGCUCCGGGAACAACUGAGGGUAUCGCUAUGAUCGAAACCAUUAUGGAACACGUAGCGUUUGCUACAGGAAAAGAUCCGCUUGACGUACGCAUGGCCAAUAUGCCCGAAGACUUUAAGAUGCUGGAACUAAUGCCACAGUUCAGAAAGGACGUCGAAUAUGACUCCAGGAAGAAGGAGAUCGAUCGAUUCAACAGCGAACAUCGUUGGCGCAAACGUGGUAUUGCGAUCGUUCCCAUGAGAUAUCCGCUGGGAUACUUCGGGUCACUGAGUGCCAUCGUCAGUGUCUUCCACGAUGACGGAACCGUAGCCAUAUCACACGGUGGUAUUGAAAUGGGACAAGGCAUGAACACAAAGGUCGCUCAGGUCGCAGCCCACAUGUUGGGCAUUUCGAUGGAUAAGAUAAAAAUCAAACCGACAAAUAAUUUGACUUCUCCGAAUGCUAUCUGUACUGGUGGUAGCAUGACCAGUGAGAGUGUUUGCUAUGCAGUGAAACGGGCCUGCGAAAUGCUCCUGGAGCGAAUCCAGCCAACUCGCGAGGAAAAUAAGGACGAUACCUGGGAAGCACUGGUCGCCAAGUGUCACAUGAAGAGUGUUGACCUGUGUGCCACCUACAUGUACAAGGCAUCGGACCUGGUUCCGUACAUUAUUUGGGGUCUAAGUUGCUCGGAAAUCGAGGUAGAUGUUCUCACCGGAAAUGUUCAACUUCUUCGGGUAGACAUUCUAGAAGAUGUGGGUGAGAGUUUGAGUCCCGGAAUUGAUCUGGGACAGAUCGAGGGAGCCUUUGUCAUGGGAAUCGGUUACUAUCUGACCGAAGCCUUAGUCUACGAUCCGGAAACAGGAGCCCUGCUUACCAACCGCACCUGGACCUACAAACCACCGGGUGCCAAGGAUAUUCCGAUAGAUUUCCGAGUGCGAUUCCUAAACAACAGCCCUAACCCGGCGGGUGUGCUACGUUCCAAGGCUACCGGUGAGCCGGCUAUGAAUUUGACCAUUUCGAUCAUUUUUGCUCUAAGAUAUGCGCUGUUGUCUGCUCGGAAGGAUGCCGGACUGCCUCAUGAAUGGAUUUCGGUUGGAGCUCCGUCCACUCCGGAUCAAAUCUAUCUUAUGGCAGGAAACUCCGUUGAACAGUUUAAGUUGAACUAAUUGUGCGUGGCAAUGUUUUCCAGCGUUGAUAUAUAUCGUUUAUUCAUAGCAUUAUUGCACAAAGCAUUUCUGUAUCUCUAGAAUAGGCCUGGCUGUAUUAAUUGUUUUAUGUGGGUUAUGGUUUAGAUGUUAUAAUUGUCAAUAUGCACAAAUAAACCUACAAUAAUGAA